UUAUUUGAAAUUUUGAACCGAAAUUCAUGUACCGCAACCAAUCAUCAAGUACAGCUUUUUACAAGCUUGGCUUGUAGCCAUUAUUACAAGCUAGAUACAAGUUACAAUUUUAUUGGCAAGAAAAGUGUACUAGCUAGUCGUAAAGAAGCACAAGAGUAAUGGCAGCCUUUCUUGCAAGGCCGACAAUGGAUCCUCCUAACUAUGAGAUUACUGACGCUGGAAACAGUACAAUGAAGGUCGUGGUUCGUCUACGCCCUGAGAAUGAAGAAGAGAUACGAAGCAACAAUAUGGCCGUGGCAAAGGUCCUUGAUGAACACGUGUUGGUAUUUGAUCCCUCACCAGACAACAGCCCAAGCUUCAAUGUGAUGCCUAUGAAGAGAAUGCCUGUACUGGGUAGAAAACACAAAGAUCUGAGGUUUGCCUUCGACAAGGUGUUUGACGAGACAGCCAGCCAAAUGGAUAUAUUUGAGCACACUACCAAGUCUGUUGUGGACGGUGUUCUGGAGGGUAUCAACUGCUCUGUGUUUGCGUACGGAGCCACAGGUGCUGGUAAGACCUACACUAUGCUGGGGACAGUGGAGAACCCUGGCGUCAUGUUCCUAACCAUGAUGGAGCUCUAUAAGAGGAUCAACGAGGUCAAAGAGGAGAAGACUUGUGACGUGGCUGUCUCUUACUGUGAGGUAUACAAUGAGGCUAUUCGCGACCUCCUCGAACCGUCAGGUGACCUGCACCUGAGGGAGGAUGCUCAUAAAGGGUUGGUCGUGACCGGGCUCUCUCGUCAUGUCCCCUCUUCUGCCGCCGAUGUCCUCAGUAUGUUGGAAUCGGGGAAUCAGAAUCGAACCCAACACCCGACCGAUGCCAAUGCCACGUCUUCAAGAUCACAUGCUGUAUUUCAGGUAUUUGUGAAUCAGAAGCCUCGUGCCACAGGACUGAGUGCAACUGUCAUGCAAGCUAAGAUGUCACUGAUUGACCUGGCAGGAUCAGAGAGAGCCACGGUGACUAAGAACAGAGGAGAGAGAAUGACCGAGGGAGCCAACAUCAAUCGAUCACUGUUAGCCCUCGGCAAUUGUAUCAACUCACUUGCUGGCAACAAGGGCAAGUCUGUGCACGUACCGUAUCGAGACAGCAAGCUCACUCGACUGAUAAAGGACUCGCUGGGGGGCAACUGUCGUACUGUCAUGAUAGCCAACAUCAGUCCUUCUGGAAUGCACCGAGAAGACACAUACAACACUCUGAGAUACGCAGACAGGGCAAAGCAGAUCAAGACGAAACUGGUGCCCAACGUGCUCAACGUGGACUACCACGUGAGCAGAUAUAGGACCAUCGUGGAGGAGCUACAGAGUGAGAAUGCAGAGUUGAAAGCCAAGUUUGCCAAGGAGUGUCCCAGAGAUACAUUUGACUCCAGUGAGGCCAAGAGGCUGCAAGAUCUACUCAAGAGUGUGUACGGUGAGAGGUCGAGACUGAGGAAAAAAAUGGCCGAGCUCGACGCUUCAGAGCGAGAGACACUGCUCAAAAUAACGAGAAAGGAGCGUGACCUCGACAGAAUCAACACCAUCUCCGGAGACGACUCCAAGAGGGCUAAGAUCAAGGCUCGGAUAGAGAGCCUUCAGUCCCAUCGCACGGAGGUACAGAGAGAGAAGCAGACGGUCAAUGAGUACCUGUACUCUAACAAUGAGUCGGUGGGGAGGGUUCAGGCCGAGAUCAACAGAGAGUGUGAGAAGACAGCAGCCUCCCCUGCAUUGCGGAUGGUGCUGGAGGCCGCCUCGGAGGCUCGUAAACUGGAGACGGAGAACGCCCAUUUAUGGAAGUACUCAAAACACCUUCUCAAGUACAUUAAGAAUCAGCAGAAAGAAAUCAACAAAUCUGAAAACAUGCUCAGGGAGUGUCUGGCGCUGGUGAGACGGCAACACGCCAUGCUCCGAGCCUCUAAUGCCCUCACACCAUCACUACAAGACAUGUACCACAUUAUUGUUCGAAUGGCCGAAGGGGAAAAGGGCGUGGCCUGGGCCGACCAAAACCUGAGUCAGCAGAGCGUUGACAAUAGCCUGAUGGACGUCAGUACUUCAACGUUUACAAACACACAGAUGGCUCUGUUUGAUAACUUUGUCUCCCACGCUUCACCGGUCAGAAAUCUGAAAGAGAUACAAGCCGGAAUGAAGACAGAUCGUGACCAAUCACCAUCCCCCUCUACUAUUGGAAUCCUCACCAACUCUGUCCAACACAAGACUCACAUGCCACGCUGCCCCAGGGGAUCACCUGACAAGAGAACGAUCUCUAGUCCAGUAGUAUCCACGGAGAAAUUGGCUGACAAGAAGCCCUCCCCCCCACACAUAAAUGGCGUCUCCUCCCCAAAACCGGGCACACCUCUCUUUACUACCACACCCAGAACUGCGUUCACUCCUCGUAACUAUCUCAAGUUCCACCCUCUUAGUGAAAACCGCUCCCACCAAAACAGUUUCAACUUCACUCCCCUCUUCUCUAAAAGACCCGAGAACAUGACCUCAAAAUUGAACGAAACGCCGCGAAGAAAUGGAUUCGCUAGUCCCAGUGUUGAGUUUAACCCUUCCCUGGGAAAACCCACCGUGCAAGCUCCUCCCUACCAUUCUCCAAGGCCUCUUGUUGUGGACAGUAAUGUCCGGUCCCUGCCCAAGCCUGCGUUCCUCCCCUACACCACGCUAGCUGCCGUGGCCAAACCUCGAGCCCCCACACCAAUCGACGACGGAUCAUGGAGCUCCAGUCAAUCCUCCACUUACACUGCCAAGCUUAACUCUGUACACAAUAGAAAAGGCUAUUACGAUCCAGAGAGAAGGAAUGCUCUUAGGAGAGGGCUAUCCUUUCAGACUGACUCGAGCUCUGGCAGUAGUAGCUGUCACGUAGGCAACAAGGCAAGACGACCUGAGCCGUAUCUUUUACCACGACCUCAUCAAAGAGCGUCAGAAUUUCGUACCAUUACACCAGUACGAACAAGUACCAAUACACCGUUACUGUCUGGUAUACAUACACACCUGAGAAAUGGAAUCAACACACCGCUCCGAACUGAAACCAAUACCGUAACACCUUCAAAGACUGGUACCAAUACUCCAAUACAUGUACAACAUGCUCCUGUGUCGAGAACUACAAGUUGCAAUGCAUUUGAGGACAACUUUGUGUCACCUCCUCAUCAUUCCCAUUCCAUUCGUGUCAAAACUAUGGCUGCUACGACAAUGAGCACUCUAACAGAAGGCAGAGGGACCCCCAACGUAGCUCAGGUGUUGCAGUAUCCAACCUCCCCCAGCCACUCCCCCUCACCACCCUCUAGCUCUCUAAGCUCACAAUCUCUUUCUCAGGACCAGCCCUCCUCUGUCCUCACCUCCAACCUUAGUGGCACGUCCUCCACCACGAGGACAGCUGUCUCCUCACCAGUGGCAGCUGUCGUGCACUCUGUUGGCAGUGCCGGCUCCUCGAUACCCACCAGCACAAUAAUGUUCAAGCAGCCACGGAGAGUCAAAUCCCCCUCACCACUCAAGGCCUACAAAAUCAGCCCUAGCCGGAGGGUCAAGUCGACUGAGAAUCUGUCUGUAAGGGACAUAAGGGACAGGGAAGAAGCUGCUGUUAGCCAUCCUGUGCCCAUAAAGAAGAUUGCUUCUCCUGGAAAGUUUGCUAGAGCGAAAAAGUUGUUUGGAAUUCGUCGAAACGGUGAAUCGGCAUCUCUCACAGAUGUGAGUCAGAAGCCCCCAAGCCCUGUCAAUGUGGGGGGUGGUGCAGACAUGUCCAAUCCGAUUGGUGUAUCUCUGUCUGAGGGCGAUGCUGACGCCCUCAAUACUACCUAUAUUAUCAAUAGUGGUGUCACAAAGGGGGCCUACAAGGAGAAGAGAAAUGGACUCUCUAAGAAACGUGGUCUCUUCAAUAUUGGAAAUCGGUUACAACACCAAAAUGGACAUCAUGCGAUUUCCACGGGAGAGAAGCACCGAGCAGGAGUUGAGAAGGCCCACACUGGGAGGCAAGAGACAGUCAAUGGGGGACCCACUAGUACUGGUAUCUCUAGAAGACAGCCAACUGGAAUACCGACGGGUCAGAAAAUGCCAAACUACUUGCAACUAACAAAAGCAGCUACCUCAAAGAGAAUUGGAAGGCCAGCAGUGAGCAAAGAGAACAAAGGGAAAGUGAGUGAAUCUAAUGGCAAGCCAAAAACAUCAAAGCUACUCAGUCACAGGCCUCGAGACAGAGACUUAAACUCAGGAGCACUUAAAACUACUCCCACUCCUCAGCUGGUCUGGUGAUCUCGUUGCGAACUCCCUAAUUUAACUGCACCAUUCUUGUUUGUUUGUCUCAGUUUGUACAUGGAAAUAAUUAUGUUCAGAAUAACAAAUUGUAAAUAACAAA